AUGGCUUCACAAAUUGUUAGUGAUGUAAGAUGCCAAACACUAAUGCACUAUGCAGCCUCUUAUGGUGAAAGAGGAAGCAAAAAGACACUCUCUAGUCCCCAAAACUACAGUUACCAUAAAAUAAAGAACAGCAAAAUCUACACUGGAGAAGGGAACUUCAAAGAAAUGUAUAAUAAUAAGGAAUCACUAGAUCAAAAAGGUGCAAAAAGUAGCACAAAUCUAGCUCAAGCACAGAAGCUUCAGAGGUUGGGAUUCUCUUACCUUGCAACAUCUUUUCUUUACAUGGCAAUUAAGGUAAAAGCAUUCUACAAAGGAUUCAUUGGAGAUGUUGCAAGUGAAUCAAGAAUGGUGGGAAUUGAAGCACCUGUGGCAGAGGCAUAUUUCUCAGUUCCGGUUCUGCCAAAUUGA